CGCGGUUCUUUUUCAUCCUCUAGGUUUGGGCUCAGUCGGAGUUUUACAGUGAAGUAAAGUGUAAAGUGUAGAGGAGAAUAAAAUGUCGGGUGUAUACGAGGCUUCGAAACCCAGGAUUAACGCGUCGAUGCUCCCACAGUUCGCCAGCAGGCCGGUGUGCUUUAUAGGGCGCGUGGAGAAGGUGCAUCCGACAGGCAAAUCGUUCACGUUGACGGACGGCGAGGGAAAGAACGCGUCCGUGGAGCUUAACGAUCCGCUGGAGGAAGAGUUGAGUGGAAUAGUGGAAGUUCUCGGAAUGGUGUCGAACAAAGGAACCAUCAUGGCUGCAGCGUACCACGUGUUCAGGGAGGAGAAAGGAAUUUCAUUCGAUUUGGAGCUGUACAACGAGGCCCUGAAAGUCAUUAACGAUUUCCCGCAAUUUUACCCCUUCAAGUAAAAUGCUGCACUAUACCUCUGUCCAUUUGUUCUCCUCCUCCUUCUCUUAUUUUGUAUGUAGUUUUCUUUUCCUUGUAAAUAAUUGAAAGCAGUUCAGAGCGAAAAGCUUUUCAUUUUUUAGAUAAAAAGAAAUAAAAAUUGGUUACAGA